GGGGCGUUUUUAUCUUCAUCUCUUCAUAGCUCAGCUGCGUUAACAUAAAACAGAAAUGCUGACCUUCAAGCCGGUACUCACCGCGCUGGUAGCGGCGGGAUGUUUGUUAGCCGGGUCAAUGGUUCGGGCCCAUGACGAGGACACGGCAAGUGUCGCCCUGACCAAGGACACCUUCCAGGGAGAGAUUGACGGAAGUAACUACUUCGUUAUGUUUUUCGCACCAUGGUGCGGUCACUGCAAAAAACUCGCCCCAACUUGGGCCAAGCUGGCCGAAUCCAAGAACGACGACAGCGUCCUGAAGGUCAAGGUCGGCCGCGUCGACUGCACCACCGACGGUGAGCUGUGCAGCGAACAGGACGUUGCCGGCUAUCCAACGUUGAAGUUUUUCAAGCUGGGAGUGUCCGCGGACCAGUCGGUCAAGUAUCGCGGUGGCCGCGAUCUGGACUCUUUCAACGCGUUCAUCCGUGAACAGCUCGGCAUCGAGGAGGACGAGUCCGAGGAAACGGUCGCCGAACCACCGAAACCGGUAUCGCCACUGGUCGAGCUAACCGAUGAUACCUUCGCGAAGCACAUUUCCAGCGGUAAGCACUUUGUAAAGUUCUUCGCUCCGUGGUGCGGACACUGCACUAAACUGGCACCCACCUGGGAGGAACUGGCCAAGAGUCUUGAAUACGACACCUCCAUUAGCGUUUCCAAGAUCGAUUGCACUCAAUACCGGCCGAUCUGUACCGAUUUCGAAGUUAAGGGAUACCCAACCCUGCUGUGGAUCGAAGAUGGCAAGAAGAUCGAAAAGUACUCCGGUUCCCGGUCCCACGACGACCUGAAGGCCUACGUCUCCAAGAUGGCCGGUGGACUCACACUGGACGAGGCAGCAGCCGAAACAGUCGAAGGAGCGGAAAAAGAUAACACUUCGGUCGUGGUGCAGCUCUCCCAACCGGACUUCCAGCACGCCAUCGAGAAGGGUGUUACGUUCGUAAAGUUCUACGCCCCAUGGUGUGGCCACUGUAUGCGUUUGGCCCCGACCUGGGAACAGCUAGCGGAGAAAUUUGUCGGCUCCGAUAAGGUCAAGAUCGCCAAGGUGGACUGUACCCUGGAGGUCAACAAGGAGCUGUGCGGAGAACAGGACGUCAACGGGUUCCCAACGGUGUACAUCUACCGCAACGGUGAGAAACUGAGCGAGUACAACGGAAACCGUUCGCUGGAGGAUUUGCACGACUUCGUGACUCGGCAUCUAACCGAGCACGACGAGCUGUAAAUCAACUGACUAUUGUACAUUCUGCAAUGUAUUUUGGAGGUUUUUGCAUGAAGAACAAAUCGUGUAAUUCAAUCAUAUCUCGCACUAGGGAGAGACUAUCGACGGUGUUUAGCCUAUUAUUUGUAGACAAAUCAGAGGUAUUGUGGUGAAGAAUACGUGACAUUGUGACCGACGUUAAUAAAGACUUGAAAAAAAGACAAGCCAACCCUUAAGGACAAAA